AUGGCAGGUCAGGAUCUGUUCCCCGACGGGGUUAUACUGCAGCCAAUCUUCGACGAAACAGUGCAGGACUGCAGAAUUUCCAUCAUCUUACAGACAUGGGAUAAGUGCGUUUUCAAGGUAGCCCCGGCUGCUUUGCCUGCCGGCCGGUACAAGCUGCCAGUUAUUGUUCGUUUGGAGUCCGCAUCCGCUAGUCUGGCCCCUCAGUUUGCACUCACUGCCGAAAUCCAGAAAUUAGCAUCGGAAAGUUUACCAGGGCUUGUACCGUCUGUUCUACAGUUAGGCAAGGUGCACAACUCAACUGGUCGCGAAUAUUGCUUCUCUGUUGUCGAGUUCGUUGAUGGCGUUACACUUGAGACUGUUUGGGCCGAUUUGAGGGAAGAAAACAAAAGAUUGGUUGUCAACGACAUCGCUGAAGCUCUCACGGAGCUUCAGAAACGGAAAUUGGAAGAUGAAGCUAUCCAAGGUGUUUUGGCGCAGGCGGCAGAUGGCCAGAAAGAUGACCUACUGUCCAAACCACUUUAUUUUGGAGGUGCUCACACAAUGGCAUUGACCACUGGCUCGUCUCUAUUGGAUGCUGUCAUGGAAAGGAGGAAGCUCAAGCGAGAAUUCUGCGACAUCGAGAAGGAAGAAAACUCGAUGCGUGUUACGGUCAAGUCACGUUUCGGUGACCUCGGUUCAGUGACUAUCGAGAAGCGAGAGCUGGAUCAAUGGAAAGAGCAAGCCGUUCUCUGCCACAAUGACUUAACACCACGGAAUCUGCUUUUAAAAAAAACUUCAAACGAUACCGCAGAGAGCCUCGUGGAGUACAGGUUAGCUGCGAUCAUUGACUGGGAAUUGGGUGGAAUGUAUCCAUCAGCAUAUGAGAUGCAGCUUCAGGAUACCUAUCUUGGUGGUGGAAAUCGUCAUGUGUCCUUCUACCUGAUGCUCAAAGAAGCGAUGCAAUCAAUAGUGCCUUGCAACAGAGCACAACAAGAUCUUUUGCGGGCCGUGGAACUGAUUUUCGAAUCGCAACAGCGCUUUCUCUUCGAAGGUUCCAACAUUCCAGCUCAAAUUCGUGUGCGGUUUUUACAGUAUUGUAACCUGACAAGGGAUCAAAACAUUUAUAGGGGGUGGACAAAUCAGGUAGAGAAUUCCCCGACCUAUGAUGCCGACAUUAUACAGAAGAUCGAAGACGAUGUGAUUGCAGAAGUUAUGGCAAAGCGUGCAGCAAAGAAGCAAUCUGAAUCAUCGAGAGAACAGUGA